GACUGGCCGCGAUGGCGGCGGCUCUGGGGGCGCGGGGGCCGCUGCGACUCCUGUUCGCGACGCUGCGGGGCCGGGCCCUAGGCUUCUCAGCUACGGCAGCAGACGUUCACUCUUUGACAGCAGAGGAGAGGAACCAAGUUAUACGUGACCUUAAAGCAGCAGGAUGGUCAGAAUUAAAUGGGAGAGAUGCCAUCUACAAAGAGUUCUCCUUCAAAAACUUUAAUCAGGCUCUGCAGUGUUACGGUUCUAUGAGCACAGCUUUUGAAGGCAUUUGGCUUUAUAUCCCGAGUUGCCCUGCAAGCCGAGAAGAUGAAUCAUCACCCGGAAUGGUUCAAUGUGUACAACAAGGUGCAGAUAACCCUCACCUCGCAUGACUGUGGUGGACUGACCAAGAGAGAUGUGAAGCUGGCCAAGUUUAUCGAAAAAGCAGCUGCCUCUGUGUGAUUUCUUCCAAAAUGCAUGUGAAACACUGUACACGUCUUAGCUGUCAUGUAUGUUGAAGGCAGUUCAUAUGAACAAAUUAAGGUGUAAAUGUAAGCUUACUUUUUGCACAGUCUUGUGCAAUCAGUGCUUAAUUACAAAAUGAUUUAAACUUGA